UAUACUACCACAUUUUCUUGCGAUCAUACAUAUUCUCUUCUCGCAGGUAAGGCAUUAAUGACUUUUCUACGCUGCUCUGGUGUAUGUUUUCUUACAAGCAGGAGACCUCAGAUGGGCUUGACCAAAAAAACAACUCUGAAUCUACUUGUUUUGCUCCUUUCUGUCCUUUGCUUUGAACCUCAUCUUCAUGAAGGAGCCGAUGUCAUUGGCAUCGGUCAGACUCUCUCCGGCAACCAAACGAUAUCCUCUAAAGGUGAGACAUUUGAACUAGGUUUCUUCACACCAGGUCAGUCCAAAAAAUAUUAUAUUGGUAUAUGGUAUAAGAAUUUUGGUAAUAAAACUGUUGUGUGGGUAGCAAAUAGAAACCACCCUGUUUUCAAUCCUUAUGAUUCUCAACUGAAACUAUUCCCAAAUGGAAAUCUUGCUCUGUUGAAUGACUCAAGAAUCCAAAUUUGGUCCUCGAAUUCUACCGUGAAAAGAUAUAAUUCAUCUGUAGCGAUCCUUCUUGACAGUGGAAAUUUUGUUAUACGAGAUAAUCAAGAUUCCUCUGAUAUUAUAUGGCAAAGUUUCGAUUACCCAACAGACACCUGGCUUCCGGGUGGUAAAAUUGGCUAUAACUUCAAUAUAAAAAAGGAAAAGAUUUAUUUAACUUCGUGGCGAAAUGCUGAAGAUCCUGCCCCUGGUCGUUACUCACUUGAGCUGAACUCAGGUGCACUCGGGGUUCAAGAUUAUAAACUUUAUGGCGAUAUGACAUCUUCUUCAGGUGCAUGGAGAGGAUUGGAUUAUGAGUUAUUUCCCGAUUUUAUCUCAAAUUUUACGUAUACUUCGGACGCUAAUGAGAACGUGUUCACGUAUGAAGUUGCUAUUCCAAAAAGAGUCACGCGAUUUAUGAUCGACACGGAAGGGAAAGUUAAGCAGUUCGUGUGUCGGGGUGAUUUCCCGGCAUGUCACUGGGAUCUGCUUUGGGACUGGCCAAACACAAAGUGUGAUGUUUUGUACUUUUGUGGUACUUUUGAAACAUGCAAUGAGGGGAAAGUGUUUCCAUGUGAUUGUUUGCCAGGAUAUGAAAGAGUGUGGGAUGGAGAUUAUAGUAGCUGCAUUAGGAAAUCCCGUCUAGAAUGUGGUGUUGGAGGAGGAAGUGAGGACACAUUUUUAUCUAUUAUUGUGCAAUAUCCAUCCUCAUCAUCUACAAAAUACUCACACUUUUUGUAUGUUAAGAGUGAUGAAGAAUGCGAGUCUGCCUGUUUGAGGACUUGUACAUGCACCGGCUACUACUACGUAUCAGACGGUAAAUGUGUGAUUAUGAAUGACGAGGUUUACAAUAUCAAAUUGCCUUCUGUUGAUAUGUAUGGAAUUUCUUAUAGAGUUCGGAUUGCAAAGUCUGGAAAAGCAAGCAAGACUAGUGUUUGGAUUGUUGUAGCAGCUUCAGGGGGGUUCAUUAUUUUGCUUGCUGCAGUAAUAUUAUAUAUCUUGCAGCAGUGGAAACGAAAAAUGGGAAUAUAUGAUGGGGCAGCAGAGGAUUUGAUGGUGUUCAAGUACAAGUAUAUCAGAAAAUCAACCAAGAACUUCUCAGAAAAGCUGGGGGAAGGCGGGUUUGGGUCAGUUUUGAAAGGCACUUUACCAAACUCCAAAGCUAUAGCAGUUAAAAUGCUAAAGAAUUUGAAGCAGGGAGAGAAGCAGUUCCGUGCAGAGGUGAGCAAAAUCGGGCAAAUUCAACAUAUCAACCUUGUUCGCCUUCAAGGAUUCUGCAUACAAGGUGAAAAAAGACUUUUGGUGUUUGAUUACAUGAAGAAUGGUUCGCUUGAAAAUCACUUGUUUCGCCAAAAUUCCAAUGUUUUUCUAGAUUGGAAAGCAAGGUACAACAUUAUGAUCGGAACUGCUAGAGGGUUAAAUUAUCUCCACGAGAAAUGCAGGGACUGUAUCAUACAUUGUGACAUUAAGCCUGAUAACAUAUUGUUGGAUGAUGAGUAUAAUGCCAGAAUUGCUGAUUUCGGCCUAGCCAAGCUUCUUGGCCGAGAGUUUAGCCGAGUGUUGACAACAAUAAGAGGAACACGAGGAUAUCUUGCACCAGAAUGGAUUUCGGGUGAGGCCAUCACGGUAAAAGCAGAUGUUUUUAGCUAUGGAAAGCUUCUGUUUGAGAUCAUAUCAGGGAGGAGGAACAUGGAGUUGUUAGAUGAUGGUGACUACUUCCCCGCUCUAAUUGCAGACAAAAUAAGUAAGGGCGAAGAAGUACUAAUGCAGUUCUUAGAUCAUAAAUUGGAAGGUAAAGCAGAUUCGAACGAAGUAACGAGAGCAUGCAAAGUGGCUUGUUGGUGCAUUCAAGAUGAUGAGAAGAAUAGGCCGACUAUGGGACUUGUGAUUCAGAUACUCGAAGGAAUCUCAGAAGUCGAAAAUCCUCCAUUUCCUCAGUUUCUCCGAGGUUUUACCAAGUAUAAUCAAACUGAAUCCAUAGUUUACCAGCACUUCACAUCCAGCGCAACUUCAUCGGAAGGCUAGAUCGAUGUUUGUUUUUGUUUUUCUAUCUUAGCAAAAAUGAUAGCAUAACUAUUUCCAGUAUGCAAGUUGAUUUUGCGUAAUAUAACAAUAAAGUUGGACCUCUGUUAUCUUUC